GAAUACGAAAAAUUGGACUGUUCGCCGCCAUACUUUCUUCGGAAGAGCAGAACCAUAUACAAUCCAUGAGCAGAACCUUUAGUGAACUGCGAUACUUCAAAAAGCGAUAAAAUGUCAAAACUUGUUGGCUCUAUGCUUGGCCUUGUGCAAAAUGGCAUCAAAGCAGCAACACCACAGGCACGCAUCAUUCAGAGAUAUGCUAUGGUAGAAUUGGUUCCACCAACACCAAAAGAUAUACCUGCUAUUCGUAAUGGAAUUAAUAAACUAAUCCACAGUGCCAAAAGUGGAGCAUACAAAAAUCUUACAGUCAAGGAGGCUUGGUUAAAUACACUGGUGGCCAUUGAAGUUUGGUGCUGGUUCUUUAUAGGUGAAUGCAUUGGCAAACGACACCUAGUUGGUUAUUCUGUCUAAAUCCGUUAAAUUCGUAUUAGAUGAUAAUAUGUGUAUGUAAUAGAUACUCUUUCAUGGAUCAAAAAAAUAUAUAAUUCUUCAAUAAUUCUCCAUGAAAUGAGAAUAAAAAAAAACAAAUUUAUUAUUUCAAAAAGUUGAAUUGAAAAAUAA